AUGGCUUUCACGCACCCAGUUAGUAUCGUUUCACGAUCUCACUCGAUGGCGGAGCAUGCCUUGUCUCCCCAUCAGCGCUCUUUUUCCUAUCCCCUCGAGGAUCUCAGAUCAGCGCAGACGAGGUUUGCUCUGCGGCAGUUGUAUGAUCUCCCCAAGAGCUGGCCAGCGGCCCUUGUGUCGCGCUGGGUCCACGAGUGUACACUUGAGCAUGCGUUGUGCCGCAACGAAGGAAGGAAGCCCAUUGCUGGGCUUUGGUUGAUCGACUGCAACACGCUGCAGAUUGUUCCAGCCCCAGCAGAACCUUCGUAUGUGGCGCUCAGCUACGUAUGGGGGAAAUUCCGCAAGACGCCGCAGGACACUCCGCACGGGUCGCUCCCCUCUCCUCUGCCGCUGCUUAUCUCGGAUGCCAUCGAGGUCUGUAGACAGCUCGGCUUCCAGUACCUGUGGGUUGACAAGUACUGCAUCGACCAGAAUAACCCUCAAGUCAAGCACAACCAGAUCCAGCAGAUGGACCUCGUCUAUCGCAACGGGCAGCUCACAAUCAUCGCAGCGGCCGGCAAGGAUGAGACCUACGGCCUCCCGGGUGUUUCCUCCUGUCCUCGGAGGACACUGCCCACCAGACAAAAAAGACCUCGUGCACUGUCUACCUCUGAAGACCCUGCUUGUGGUAUCAAGUGCUAUUGCGACGGCAACCUGUCUACGACUUCAACCAUUCUUGACGUCCAGCGAGCUGUGCUAAGGUCAAAGUGGUCGACACGGGGCUGGACAUACCAGGAAGGCAGCUUGUCCCGCCGUUGCCUUGCAUUCACCGACGAGCAGGUCUAUUUCGAAUGUGACAGCGGUAUCUGCUAUUGUGAGGCGCCCGGCACUGUUGAGACCAGCAGCGAGGCGGCCAUUGGCAUCUUCCGGACUCUCGUUCCGGAUCCGCGCAACUCGUUCGAUAGACAAUAUCUUGCGCUACUGGGUGCCAUCGAGGAAUACUCUAAGCGCGAGCUUACCUACGAUAGCGAUAUCCUUUACGCUUUUGCGGGGAUCAUGCGCAGAUACCAGAGUUUGUCGCCUAGCAUUAAGCAGAUCGCCGGCCUCCCAUUCAUUGUUCAGGAUGCACAAGGUGGGGUCUGUGAAAUAAACAUUGGAGACAGCGAUGAUAUCGAGGUUGAUCUCGAGAUGGAUGGUUCCUCGCCGCCGCCUCCAGUCCAUGAUCUUGACUGGGACCUCAAGCAACAGCUGAAGGACACGUCCUUCCCCUAUGGCCUCGCCUGGGCCCACAAGCAUAGCUGCUGGGAAGAGGAUCAUGUCAAGCCUCGGCGUCGUGGUCAGCUGCCCUCAUGGGCCUGGCCCGAGUGGGCAGGAGAGGUGACGUUUUGUUGGUGGGGAACCAUCAGGCUGAACGACUUCCAGCCUUUCAUUGAGGAUAUCAAGGUUGAGCUCAGGGAUGGCAAGGUCAUGCCGUACCAGGACCUGCCAUCCCCAGCCGCCGGAUGCCACCAGCAAGACGGGCAAACUCUGGCUCCGCAAGCCCUACUCUUCAAGAGUAUCCCCAUCCCUCCACGGCUCGUGGAUGUGAAGUGGGCUAAUCGUGAGAGAGUGGAGUGGUCCGUGUGCGGUUUCCGUACCAGCCUAUCGUUGAGCGCCGGAGCAGACAGCCCGUUUCGGUUCCGCAAGGACCUUGUGAAGCGGGGCCUGUUCGAGCUGGUGAUUCUAGGUGGCGAUGGCGACUGGAAGCCGCCGUCUCGCGAGCACAGCCUCCUUCUCGUCCUGGGCAGGCACGAUGAGGACUGGGUGAGGUGCGGUGUCAUGCGUGUGGACUGCAGCCUGAGGGAGUUGCUCGAUGCCCUGGUCGAGCAUGAUGUUUUUCCGUAUUAUGAAAGAAAAAAGGUCUACAGAGUUGAGUAG